CCGCCUCGCCGGAACCAGAACCAGCGGGCCGGUCCCGUCAGACGAUGGCGAAGACGUACGACUACCUGUUCAAGCUGCUGCUCAUCGGGGACAGCGGCGUCGGGAAGACAUGUCUCCUCUUCCGGUUCAGCGAGGACGCCUUCAACACCACCUUCAUCUCCACCAUCGGAAUCGACUUCAAAAUCAGAACUAUUGAACUGGACGGAAAGAAAAUCAAGCUUCAGAUCUGGGACACAGCGGGCCAAGAGAGGUUCAGGACCAUAACAACAGCCUACUACAGAGGAGCCAUGGGCAUCAUGCUGGUGUACGACAUCACCAACGAGAAGUCCUUCGAUAACAUCAGGAACUGGAUACGCAACAUCCAGGAGCAUGCGUCUUCAGACGUGGAGAGAAUGAUCCUGGGAAACAAAUGUGACAUGAAGGACAGGAGACAAGUGUCCAAGGAGAGAGGAGAGAAGCUGGCGAUCGAUUACGGGAUCAAGUUCUUGGAAACGAGCGCGAAGUCGAGCAUCAACGUGGAAGAAGGCUUCCUCACGCUGGGCAGAGACAUCAUGACUCGACUGAACAGGAAGAUGAGCGACGUCGGCCCGUCAGCGGCAGGAAGCUCGGUGAAGAUCACAGAGUCUCGCUCCAAGAAAACCUUCAGGUGUUCACUGCUGUAGCUCCGCCCUCCCUCCUCUGGCUCCUCCCCUCAUCCUGCUGCAGAAUACACCUGUAGAACCAGACAAAGACUUGUUUCUUCUUCUUCUGUUUUUCCUCGUCAUUGUGAUGAAGACGAUGAUGAAGAUCACAUGAUGCCUCAGUUUUCAUAUUCAUAUAAUCUCUUUAAAUGUUUUAAUACUAAAACCUUUUAGUGACAGUAUUUCAUGUUUGAAUCUACGGAGCUGAUUGUUACUGAUAUAUAUGUAUAAAUAAUAUAUACUUACUGUGUAUAUUUAGAGACACUCGUAUUGACACAUUUAAACAAAUCAUUCUUGAUAUAAAACAGAAAAAAAUGUAUUCUGAAAAGUCAGGAUUAUAGUGUUUUAAUUUAUUUUGGACCAAAGUUUUCAUAGUAUUGUUUUAUUCCGUUCUCUAAUUGUGUCAAUAUAAAAAAAAAUAAAGGGUCCAUAAAUUCUUUUCAA